CUUCAACGUCACCUCAUCUCCAAACAACCCAAGCUACUACUUCUGGUAUAAUGAAUGAGGUUACCAGCGCCGUUGAUGCUGCAUUAGUUGCAGAAAAGUUUCUCAAUGACCGUUCCAAAGUCUAUAAUAUCAACUUUCGAGAUUAUUUGAAGGAUGCAAAUAUUGAAGAAGUUUCUUUUGAGUCAAUCAGAACAUGGUACGGGAAAUUCAUCAUCCAAUCACAGACAUACCGCUCAAGUGAAAUCGAUGGUGAUCGCAUUAAGGCAAUCAAAUUGCUCAUCAAGUUUGUAUUGGUCUUUCCUUGUAUGUUUUUACAUUCAAUCCAGGGAUUUGAGGGAAUAGAGAAAACACAAGCUGAUGGAACAAAGAAUAUGCUUACAGAUGCCAUACUGGCUAGAAUUAAAUUCAAAACAAAUUAUGUUGGUGACACGGAAAUAUCAGAUGAAGAUUUAAGUCAAUUUGAUGAUUUUUAUCAAAGUCUAUGCUCAAAUAUAGAUCAAUUAUCCGGUGUUUUGGAUAGUGAUCGUUUGUACUAUCUACUUAAAUCAUUGGAAGGUGUUUGUAACAGCUAUUUUUUGAAUGAACCAGGUUUCGAGGAGCCAAUCAAUGAAACAACUAGUGUUACCUUUACAAAAACUUUCGUGCUCAGAAUUGCUUCAAUGUUGUUACAAUUGUCUACAGCAAAUCAUACGUGCUUUUUUCUUCAGACUCCAUCAAUUCCAGUAACAGUGGAGAGGCUGAACCAAGGUAAUGAUACAACUUCCAUUAGAUUGUUUCCAGAUUUUGCUUUUAGAUUUAUUGAUCAUGCUAUUAAUGAUGGACAAGAACUUUUUUCAAUUCCCAUUGAACUAAAAUCAUAUAACUGUCAACCAAUUUACACGUCCAUUAGCGAGGGUAAAAAUUCCAAAUUUUUGAAUCAAGUUUUUGCAUAUAUGUGUGGAACAGAAUCAAAGGUUGGCUUUCUAUUUGACGGCAUAAAUGCUUUGUGCCUAGAAAUUGGCGUCUCAAUUAAGGCCCAUGAAAGUGUUGCGUCAAAUAUAGCCAGUGAUGUCCAGAGUCCCAAUCUUGAAUCCAGAAAACUAUUUAAUAUUGGCGAAAUCCAAAAUGAUUUUGAAGUUCCACUACAUUUGAAAAUGUAUUCAACAUUUCCAACAGGUGAUCACCCUCAUGCAGCAGGAUUGACAUUUUUGAUGAAGUUAGUAUCCAAACUGCAUCACAACAUGAAACGAGAAACCUUCAACAGUUCCAGAGAAAUGAUGAGAUUUUAUAAGUAUCUACUGUCCAAAUCCCAAAGGCAAAUAGCUGAUAUGUUGAGAAAACACGCCAACAGAUUUUAUGAAUCCAACAUUGAAUACCAAUGUUCUGCAGAAAUAAACUAUCAAGGUGAGUUUCAACCAAUCCAAAUAGGUUUUCAUUUUAAUAGUCAGGUGUUUUGUUUUGGAACUGAGGAGCUAAAUGCGAUCUUCCCAAAGUUCACCAAAGAGAUUAAAUUCAAGACAUACAAUACUCACAGCUCAGAAAACAAUGAAAAAGUCAUUGUCAAGAUUUAUGAUCCAAUAAGAUGGUCUUACGGUCAAGACGAGUCUGAUAUAUUCAAGAGAAACACUAUGAUUCAAAUUGAUUCAUCAAGAGAUCAUGAGUUAGCAAUUUUUGAACAGAUUGAACAAUUCAAUAAGAAAAGCUACAAUCCAACCACUCAACUGUUAACAAGAUCGAAGAGUAACAACAUCAUCAACAUACCAGCAAUUUAUGAACCUAAUCAUGAAGGUGACUUUAUAAAACUUUCACUAUCACAACAAAGGUCUGAAAAUGACAUUUUUUUCACCUGCGGUAGGUAUAUUCUUAUGAGUGAAUUGAAAGGAAAACCUUCAGAAAGUUCACACUUCAAGAAAGGAGAACAACAAUUAAAGCUCCUACAUCAAGCUGGUAUCUCAAAUCUAGAUAUUAAGUUAUCUAAUGUGUUUUACCAAGAUGGAAACUUCUAUUUCAUUGAUUUUUCGUAUGCCAAAUAUUCUGAGGUUCAAUCUGAAAGUUCAUUACGUGCUGACUUGAAAGCACUCAAAAAACUUGAGAAAAAGGUUAUCCAAUAG